AUGACAACAACAGUAGCUGCAAACAGCGCAGUGACCGCUGUCGGAGCUGAUGGCAAAACGGAAACAUCGAUCCCACCAGAGCUUCUCACCAGACAUCCCCUUCAAAACCGAUGGGCACUCUGGUAUUUGAAGGCCGACCGCAACAAGGAGUGGGAGGACUGUUUGAAGAUGGUAUCUCUUUUCGACACCGUCGAGGAGUUCUGGUCUCUCUACAACCACAUACAAUCGGCCGGCGGUUUGAACUGGGGAUCCGACUACUAUCUCUUCAAGGAGGGAAUCAAACCAAUGUGGGAGGAUGUGAACAACGUGCAAGGGGGUCGUUGGUUGGUUGUCGUUGACAAACAAAGAAGAACACAACUGCUCGAUCAUUAUUGGCUUGAACUCCUCAUGGCCAUCGUCGGAGAGCAAUUCGAUGAGUUCGGAGAGUACGUCUGCGGAGCUGUCGUCAACGUUCGUCAGAAGGGAGAUAAGGUGUCGCUGUGGACUCGUGAUGCCACUCGCGACGAUGUCAACCUUCGUAUCGGACAGAUUCUCAAGCAAAAGCUCAGCAUUCCAGAUACCGAUAUCUUGAGAUACGAGGUUCACAAAGACUCAUCUGCUCGCACUUCGUCUACCGUCAAGCCACGCAUCUGUUUGCCAGCCAAGGAGCCAGCUCCAGCUAAGGAUAAGACCUCGUCUCCAUCCACUGCUACCGCCGGAUCGCCAACUCCAACCACCCCAACCCCAUAG